AUGAAGUGGACCAAUGAUUUACAAGCGGUAUUGGACCAGGCCAUGUCGGGAAAUGUUGCAAAUUUGGACACACUGCAGCCUGCCAGCAAGUCAGAAGGGAAAGCACUAGAGAAGGGAAACAUUCUUAAUGGAUUCAGCAGGAGUGAGUGGAGUUUAAACCGUGGCGAUGUACUGACUCAGCGUCUGAACAAUGCAAACUCUGUCCCCAUACUUCACAACCAAAAGGGGACCAUUAUAAACAGCAGACAAAAUGGGCUGAACAAUUUCAAAAGAAAUUUUGGCAGUGUAAAGCCAACAACUUAUCGACCAGAUAUGGUUUUAAAAUCUGGUAAUUCACAAAUAAACAACAGCAUAAGUCACUUGGAAAGCGGCAGCAUUCCUAUUAAGGGCAUUAAAGUUGAUAUAGAAAAUAAUUUUAUUCCGCACAAUAAGGACAGCAUAUUGAAUAGUCCAAACGGAUCACCAAGAGCAACCGGAGUUCAUAUUCCAAUAGAAACAGUGCUUAGAGCAAAGAGGCAGGCCAUCAGUGACUCGCUGAACAGACGGGUAUUUUUACUCAUGAACCCCAAAACGCCAAAUGCAACAGUGGAUAUAAACACAUUGACAGGUUCAGCUCUCAUGAUAACACCAAAGGACAACAAAACUGAAACUCAUACGAGCAAUUCCACUAUUGACUACCUAAAUUUCGUAUCUGUAGAAAACUUCAAUAACUUAAGAGACAUUUUGGAGGCAGUACAGAAAGAAAAUGCAUACAUACCACCAGCUGUUUUAAGUGAAGUCCUUCAAAGUCAGCCCGCAAUGCAGAGAAUCUCUGACCUAUCCGCUGUGGACAUUUCGUCUCUCGUAAACGACAACAAAACCCUUGAAAACAGCAGCAAUGGUGGUGGACCGAACAAAAUCACAUUGACCACUGACCAGUUGCGGGUUCUCUUGCAAGCACUCCUUGCCGGUAACGAGGGAACAAAAAGUCAGAGAGUAAGUGACACCGCACCAACAAAUAUUCCUGGCCAAGUAAGCACCAGACCUGUACAAACUCUGUCCCCUAUACAAAAUCAGCAACAGCAACAGCAAACCACACGGAGACAGGAAAGCAGCGCUACAAACAAUGCGGGUAACGUGAGAAACAGGUCCACACAACAGGAGACGAGAAGUGUUAGUAAUAACAACAAUAACAAUAUUAAUUCACAAAACAUACACGCGUUAAACCAGGCAGUAAGAAGAAAUCUCCAGAGACAGCAGACAAGCAGGCAAAUUCCACAAACAUCAAGUAGGACCUUAGGUAUACCAACACCACAACCCAGACGUACAGUUCCGUCACGAAACCAAAACGCCCUUGUACAGAUCGUCCGUCAGUCAGGUUCAACAAAUCUUCGGCAGCUUCAGACAAAUCCUACUCGAGUUCAAAACACGCGUCUUCAGCCCCAGCGCAGAAUGACUGUCCAGUCCCCAACAAGUAGCCAGCGCAUAAGGCAGGCCACCACAAGCCGGGGAUCGUCUGCUGGUAGACCACUGGUGCGGGCCAUCUCAAGCAGGACUGGUUCAACUUCUUCCAGAGUCGGUCAGCCCUCUCAGCGCGGGGUCAUUCAACAGCGGGGAACUACAUCACAGCGUCAGGGUAGCAGUACGAGGCAGCAGAAUGUACAAAGACGACCGCCUGAUCCGUUCACUUCUAGAUUUCAAGUUGGGUUUCAGCGGGGCUCCAAUUUGCUGGCGCAGCCUGAUAUGGACUUUACGGGCUUUGAUGGUUCGGUGCGUGAGAAUGUAGGCUUUAAUAUGAACAUGAUGCCCCCACCUGGUCCUGGUGGGCGUCCACCACCAAAUAUGCCUCCUUUCUUUAGAGGAGGACCCGGACCAAGGUUCUUUGGACCAACGAUCGUAUGA